CUAAAAUACAAAAACAGAAUCUUUCCCGCGCGGCAUGACGUUAAAAUUUCCCGCGUGACGUCACGACGCUUGUAAACAACACACACACACACACUCAGUGACCCGCAGAGGAGUGUCCAGUGACCCGCCCAGAGCCUCGUGCAGCCCACCAGGAUGUUGCGCAGGGGUGGGAAGCGCAUCCGUAUGGAUGAGCCUCCCCCAGAGUAUGAUGCUCCCCCCAUGACCCCCAUGACACCCGCCUCGGAACUACAGGAGCCCUACACCCCGUAUACCCCGUACACACCGGCGGCUGAGACGCCCCUACACCACCCUGAUUACCAGCUAGGGUAUGGGCAGCCCCCGUAUGACCAGCCCCCCCCACAGCCCCAGCCAGCCCCACAGCCACACCAGCUCUACGGCCACCAGGAGUUCGACCAGCCGCCGCAGCAACAGGUCUACCAGCCGCAGCCACAGCAACCACAGCAGCAACAGCAACCACAGCAGCCGCCAUACCAGCAGCACUAUGAACAGCAGCCGGCAAUCCCAGCACAACCACAGCAACCGCCACAGCAGCAGCCGCCACAGCAACCAACACCACCACAGCCACAGUAUCAUCAGCCACAGCCCACUCCGGCACCAGUGGAACCAGACCCAGAGAUGGACGUGGAUGCAGAGACAGAGGAGCCCGAGGAGGAGAUGGAGCAGGACGCAGACUCGGAUGCGGAGGCGCCGGAGGAGGAGGAGGAGCCACAGAUGCCCCAGAACUACGAGCCGAUCCCCCGCCUCACCAUCUCCAUCCGGGGCCGAGGACGAGGCCGGGGCAGAGGCAGGAUUGCCACCAUCAAGAAGAUUGGCGACCAGAUCGUCUCUGAGCCCCGCAAGAGAGGUAGGCCUGGACGGAAGCCAAUCACGGAACUCAUGGCUGAGGAUGAGACUUCCCUGUACUUCAUCGUGAGGAGCGGCCGGGCGAUUCUGGCGCAAGUGGUUGAUGACUGGAUUGACGCCUACAAGGAGAACCGAGACGCCUCGCUCCUCCAGCUGAUGCAGUUCUUCAUCAAUGCUGCCGGGUGUAAGGGCAAGAUCACCUCCCACAUGCAGGCCACCAUGGAGCACGCCGAGAUCAUUCGCCGCAUGACAGAGGAGUUUGAAGAGGAGAGUGGCGAGUACCCCCUCAUCCAGAGUGGGCAGCACUGGAAGAAGUUCAGGAGCAAUUUCAGCGAGUUUGUGCAGCUGUUGGUGAAGCAGUGCCAGUACUCCAUCAUCUAUGACCAGUACCUCAUGGACAACGUCAUCUCCCUCCUCACUGGUCUGUCCGAUUCGCAGGUCCGAGCCUUCAGACACACCGCCACACUUGCUGCAAUGAAGCUCAUGACGGCACUGGUGGAUGUGGCACUGACCGUCUCCGUCAACCUGGACAACACACAGCGGCAGUACGAGAGUGAGCGGCAGAAGUCGCGGGAGAAGCGUGCCUCAGACCGCCUCGAGUCCCUCAUGUCCAAGCGUCAGGAGCUGGAGGAGAACAUGGAUGAGAUCAAGAACAUGCUCACCUACAUGUUCAAGUCUGUCUUUGUGCAUAGAUAUAGGGACACAUUGCCUGAGAUCCGCUCCAUCUGUAUGGCGGAGAUUGGCCUGUGGAUGAAGAAGUUCCACCAGAAUUUCUUGGAUGACUCGUACCUGAAAUACAUCGGCUGGACGCUGCACGACAAGGUUGGGGACGUGCGACUUAAGUGUCUCCAGGCGCUGCAGCCGCUCUACGCCAGUGAGGAGCUGCAGAGCAAACUUGAGCUCUUCACCAGCAAGUUCAAGGACCGCAUCGUGGCCAUGACGCUGGACAAGGAGUAUGACGUGGCGGUGCAGGCAGUGCGGCUGGUCAUCUCCAUCCUCAAGCACCACCGCGACAUCCUCACUGACAAGGACUGUGAGCACGUGUAUGAGUUGGUGUACUCGUCCCACCGUGCUGUGGCCCAGGCCGCUGGGGACUUCCUGAACGAGCGUCUCUUCAUCCCUGACGAUGAUGCUGUCGCCGCCCUCAGGACCAAGCGGGGCAAGAAGAGGCGACCCAACACACCGCUCAUCAAGGACUUGGUGCAGUUCUUCAUUGAGUCAGAGCUACACGAGCAUGGGGCGUACCUUGUGGACUCGCUGAUCGAGAGCAACGACAUGAUGAAGGACUGGGAGUGCAUGACGGACCUGCUGCUGGAGGAGCCGGGGCCCAUGGAGGAGCCGCUGGACGACCGCCAGGAGACCAGCCUCAUCGAGAUCAUGGUGUGCUCCAUCAAGCAGGCCGCCACGGGGGAGCCGCCAGUCGGACGUGGGCCCACAAGGAAGCCCGUGUUGUCAGCCAAGGAAGCCAAGCAGGUGAACGAUGACCGGGCCAAGCUGACCAAGCACCUGAUCCCCACCCUGCCCCAGCUGCUGCACAAGUACCUGGUAGAUGCCGAGAAAGUGGCCAACCUCCUCAUCAUUCCACAGUACUUUGACCUCGACAUCUACACCACCAGCAGGCAGGAGAAGAACCUUGACCUCCUGCUGAAGCUAAUACAGGAGGUGCCAGACAAACACAGCGACACGGAGGUACUCGAGACGGCCGCCAAGACCCUGGAGCUGCUGUGUAAGGACGAGUUUGCCAUCUACUCCCGCUGCGAUGUGGCCCGCUCCUCCCUGCUGGACAUGAUCGUCAACAAGUACAAAGAAGCCAACGAUGAGUACAUUAACCUGCUGGAUGGGGAGCUGGAGCCUGAUGAGGAUGAGACCUUUGCCUUGGUGUCAUCUGUGAAGCGUGUCUCCAUCUUCUACUCCUGCCACAACAUGGGUCCCUGCAACAUCUGGGACUCCCUCUACUCCAAUAUCAAACACGCUGUCGAAGGGAGCAAGAUCCUCCCGGAGAAGGCCACCAAGUACUGCAUAUCCUCCUGCUUCUAUGGGCUGAUGUGGGAGCUGCACCAGAUCGAGGACAUGGACAAGAAGCGCGCCAUGACCACCGACGCAGUGGAGGCGCUGCGCACGCGUCUUCACCUCUUCUUCGAGGCCUGCAAACACCUCCUGGCCAACUCCACCAACCCAGUCUUCAGGGAGGAGGCCUACGUGACCAUGUGUGACCUACUCAUCAUCUUCAGCCGCCAGCUCUCCUCCAACCAGGCAGUUUCGUCCCUCAAGUACGAGCCUGACCGAGGCCUCCAGCACCUCCUCAACAACUUCAUCCAGACCUACGUGUUCAUUGACGACGAGGGAGAGGAGCAGGACGAGCAUGUAAAGAUUGAGGAGCUGCACAAGAGGAGGAACUUCUUGGCCACGUUCUGCAAGCUGAUUGUGUACAACGUCCUCCCCACCAUGGUCGCUGCGGACGUGUUCAAGCACUACGUCAGGUAUUACGAUGACUACGGGGACAUCAUCAAGGCCACACUGGGCAAGGCUCGGGAGAUCAACAAGGUGAACUCCGCCCGCACCAUGGCCCUCGCCCUCACCAUGAUCUUCCGGGAGCUGCAGAAGGACAACGGACGCAUCAACAGGCAGAGCGCGGACUUUAUCAGCCUUAAGGAGUUGGCCAAGCGCUUCGCCCUCUCCUUUGGCCUGGAUGCCGUCAAGAACAGGGAGGCCAUCACUGCCCUGCACCGCGAGGGGAUCCUCUUCGCUGUCAACCCGCCAGAGAACCAGGGCGACCCCAGCGAGCCGCCCCCCAACCUGGCUUUCCUGGAGAUCCUUACCGAGUUCACGAAUAAGCUGCUCAAACAGGACAAGAGAGUCGUCCUUGCGUACCUGGACCGUCGUAUUGCCGCUGGGAUGCCGAGCUCCCGCGGCGAGGACUGGCAGCCGCUGCUCAUGUACCGCAACUCCCUGGUGCACGGCGAGGGAGACCAGCCGCCCCAGACCUCCAAGCGGGCCUACACCAGGAAGCGCAAGCACGUGGAUGACGAUGAUGAUGAAGACGACGAUGACGACGCGCCCUUCCAGAUAGACGACAGUGACCAUGACGAGGGCUGGGGCAGAAGAGGCACCAAGAGGAAGAGGCAAGGUGGAAGAGGGAGGGUGGGUGGAAGGGGGCGGAAAAAACAGCAGCCGUCUGAGCAAAGCGACAGGAGGUACCUGAGGCUAAGCUUCAGAGGCGAAGGGGCUGAGGUCCCGAGGCGACAACUUCAGUGGUCACUAGUCCACCCAGACACAGAGGUGGAGACAGAUGACAGUCUCGUAAUAGAGGACACUCAGGAGCCACAAAGAGAGGUGCCUCGCAUCUUCCACUCCACACCCAUGGAGUGUCACCGCUGAGCGCCUCUACCCAGCAGGUGAGGGCGGAGGCAGAAUGGUUUGAUCACUGCCGGACUCCCUUUCUCAUACAAGGUUGUCGUUGUUUCCAGGGAGGGUGUCAGUUUCAUAUGAUUUCAUUGUAGUAUCUUUGUUUUUGUUGGAUGUAUAACAGUUUUACAAUCAUUGAAUUUGUUGUAGAGCAAUUUACUUAUCUGGAGUAAGUGUUGUGGAGCAAUUUACUUAUCUGGAGUAAGUAUUAAGUUAAGGAAGGAUACAAAUUUUCUUCUCAUUAAUUUUAUUGACAAAUGAAUACACAUUUUUUCCAAAACUUGCUUGAAAUUGAGGUAAUUUUAGCACAUACCUGCACGUACAAGAAAUAUAUAUAUUGCGAGUUAAUAAUAUAAGGCACAUUAAUUGAUAUCUUGGCAGACGGAGCAACAAACGGGUGGUAGAGGAUGUAGUAGGCAUGUUAUGUUUCCUCUAAUGCUUUUGUCUUCUUCAGAGGGAACGAGGUGGCACACAGAGAUGACUGAUGAUGCAUCCCUCUGGUGGAUCAUCUUACAGGUCACCUUGGAUUAGAGCUCACCAACUGUUCCUUCAUUGUCUCUCCCAGCUGCCGUGAUGCAUGGGGGCGGACGAAUCCCUCUCAGUGGUUAGUUCCAUUCUUGGCAAUAAUGUAUGCCGCUCCCACCGCAGGAAUAGGAACAGGAAGAGUGGAGGUGGUGUACAUUAUUGACAGUGGAUGCAGCUAACUAUAGAGAAGGAUUGGUCUGCCUCCUACACACUGGCUGGGAGACACGAGGAACCAAUCAGUGAGCUCUUAUUUCGAGGCACCCCUCGAGAUGAUCCACCAGCACGGUACACAAUCAGCCAUCUCUGCCUGCUGCCUCAUUCUCUCUGUAGAAGACACUGAAACCAUUACAGGAAAUGAAAUAAAACUCCUACAUGCUGCUUUCCUAUACCUAGAUCACUCAUACUACCCAUUAACUGAUAUGCCCACCCUUACACCCAAAGAUCUGAUGCACAAUAUAACCCCUCCGGGUAGACUGAUGAUCCAAAACUAACCUCACAUUAAGUAGCCGUCAUAUAAGUAUACAGGACAUUCAUCCCCAUGCAGUUGUGCUAUAUUUCCUCUUAACGCUUUGAGUCUUUUACAGAGAGAACGAGGCAACACAAAAAGACGGCAGCUUAAGUAUCUCUCUGGUGGGUCGUUUCACAGGUCCCCUCCGAAUAGGACUUACUGCUGGUUCCUCUGUCAUCCUCCUACCUGCUGCGAUGUAUGGGAGGCAGACAAAUCUCUGUGUUUGGUUGCAUCUGCUGAAGUACUGUACGGUCGGCAAAAGAAGUACUAAACACCCACUGGUUGAUUGAAUAACAUUUGAGUGAAAACUAUAGCCAUGGUGUUGUGUUGGUUGGGAGGGUAUCAGUGGGUAGACUAGCCAUUAGCGACUGCAUGCCACUUCCACUGCAAGAAUGGGGAGGAGGAUGAGGCGAACCAUAGAAAUGGUGUACAAAACUAUAGCAGAUGCAAACAACUGCAGGGAGGGAUUCAUCCAGCUUCCAUGCACUGCAACAGCUGGGAGGCAGAUGCAGAGGAACCAAUCAGCAAGCUCUAUUCAAAGGCAAUCUGUGACAUGAUCCACCAGAAGGAUACAUAAGCAGCUGUUUAUGUGCACUGCGUCAUUCUCUCUGUUGUAGGCUGUCAAAAGUAAGAGGAAAUAUAGUCAUACCUUGGUUUACGAGCUUAAUUCGUUCCGGAAUUCUGCUCGCAAACCUCAAAAACUCGUAAACCAAAACGAACACUCACUGUAGAACUGAGGACACAAAGAACGCACACGAGCAGAAACAUAAGUGUACUCAAGUGCGCGGGUGCUACCUCUGUGAGAGUAAAAUGCAGACUGAGACCCCAUUCCCAUUGUUUUCCGCUUUGGGUGUUCUCUUCUUGCGGUGAACGAAGGGAACCCAGGCUCACGUCUUCGACUUGUACAAAUAGGAUGCUCAUACACCAAGUCACUGCUCCUAAACCAAGGCAUUUUCAGUAUAUUUUUGGUGCUCAUAAACAAGAGUUAUAACUGAAUAAUGAAACUUACAUUCUAUGUUUCCCUAAACUUAGACCACUCAUAUUACCCACUAACUAUUGUCUCUGCACACUAGGCUGACCCAGAAACUCCAUCCCUUGCACUGAGGAGACUGCACCCCCUUCCACCUGAUUGGCUGAAGGUUGCAAUUGGGAGUAGAUAAAGGAGUUAAUUAGAUCUCAUAUGAGCAGGAUUAUACACAAGUACUAAUACUUAUAAUUUUAGUAAUUGAGCACACUGCACCUACUAAUUAAUAUACACCAAUAAAUAAAAGUUUACAGUGAGGCACGUAUCACCGUUCUUUUAGCCUUGCCCACUAUGCACAUGUGGUGCAGAGGACAAAUGAGAGGUGUGGGAAAUAAAACUAAAAUAAGUGAAUUUGUCUCCUGUACUGCACGUAGUAGACCAGGCUAAAGUAAGGGAACAGGGGUGCAGGCCUCACAGUGAAUAAUAUUUUAUUUUUUGAUGUAGUCUAGUCAGUGUUAGGUGCAGUGUUGUUAAUUAUUUGAUUCUAAUAAUACUUUGUGUACCAACCACAGUGAUCAAUUCUGGUCAUAUGGUAUUUAACAUAUGUAAUUUAUAUAUUUCCAAUUGUAACCAUCAGCCUAUCAGAUGGAAGGGGACGGAGCCCCCUCGGUGCAAGGGGUGGGGCUUCUGGACCUGUAUAGUGAGUAGAGAUUAUAAUAUGUUUAUUCUUAUACCCAAAGACCUAAUACACCAUUACAGCUUUGGGUAUAAUUGGUAGAUAAAAAUAGGCAAAAUGUGAGUUUUAAUGUUGAGGUAAGGCCAUCAUGAAAGACUGGACUGAUGAUUCAGAAGCAAACUCACAUACUGUCAUUAAGUACAUAUGCUGCACCACUAUAAAACACUUGCCUGUGCCAUAAUGGCCUAGGGCCAACCACCAACCACCAAACUUUGUGUCCUUAACCCAGUAGCAGCGACAGGCCAAAUUUGUGGCUUCACCGUGUAGCAGUGACAGGCCAAAUAGAUGAUACAUAAACUGAUCACAAAUGCUUCGAUAUAUAUUAUGAAAUGGUUUGUGUGAGUGAUGAUUUUUUCUCAUUUUUCUCGCUUAGAGGGACCAUUAAAAAUAUGAUCCCCGCUGCUAUCGGGUUAAGAAUGCCUACCAGCGCCAUAGGCGGGCACUUAAAAAAAAAUCAAUACUCAAACUAGUUUUUAUGAUUGCUUGUGCCAAAGCACAAACAUAAAAGUUCUUGCGUGGUUUGUAUUUUGAGAGGACUGAUUUUGUGUUGUUGGCUAUGAAUGGGACGAUAUGAUGUCACUAAAAGCUGCUGACCACAUGACUAGUAUUACACCAAACUUAAAAUGAUUAGUCUAUGCAACUGAUUGGGUGGCAAAUCAACACUGUAGCUUCACAUUUUUUGCCAUGUACUGACUAAUUUUGUAGAACUGCUCACUUAUGGGUAAUGGCAUAUCACCUGCUUGUCACCCAUCACCCACCUCCUGCUCCACUCCCCUUGGCCAGGACAGUGCUGCUGCCUGUACAACUUAAGCUUUCCAUUCAUCACACGAAAAUCACCAAACAACUUCUAUUAAAACUUGGAGCACAAUGUUUGCGUAUUUACCAACCUUGUCAAUGACACCUCAGACACAUCCCAAGAGGUGGCAUGUGAAGGGCUCACUAGUUAACAAGUCACAACUUAACAAAACUUAUGAUAAUGAGGAUGGAGAAACACACCUGUAGGAUACCAUGUAUAACUUUCUAUUGUUGGAGUAGCCCUGACCCAGCCUUUGAAGUGGGGUUGUGAAUUGUCUGUCACUGCUCCGCCUCGUGCUGCUGUGUGAAGUGUUCGCCCAACAGCCACGGCAUCAUAUCUGAAUAAUAUGAAAUGUCACACAAGCACAUCAUACAAUAGACUACAAGGCAUAUCAUACUAUAGACAUUAUAAUAAUGGAAAUGGACUAAUCAUCAUAAAGAAUUUUUCUACUUGUUCCUAAUCUGUUCAGAAUAAAAUAUUUUGAAUUACUAAGGUC